GUUAACGCAGCAGAAAGUCCUAAAAGCAGGGUUGACGUUUAAAAGCGGUUCAUUCGCAGCGGAACGCAGAGAACAGUCUGUUUUACAUCCAUUUGAAUGACUACACAACAAAGAGGAAUUCUGGCGAAAUGGUGUCAAUCUUCGCUGUGCAUGUGGUGUUUCUGCUGAUUAGAUGUGCCAACUUCCUGUCCAUGCACUGUAACUGUUCUCAAGCUCCCAAUGGUACAACAACCUAUCACCUCUCAGAGCCCCCGCCUUCAAUGAAUUGUGAAACAGAGUGGGCAUAUCCAAAUGGAUCCACGCUGACCUUCAAAGGUGAAACAAAUGCAAAUCAGGUUCUGGGUCUGACCAGACAGUCCAUCACUACCACAGUCUGUCUGGGCAGCCUGAAGUAUACGGUGGACUGCGUAAAGCCUCAGGUGGUGAAUAAAGUAGAAUGUAACUGCACCAUGGAACCUAGCAGCCCCUCUAAUCCUGACCACAUCAAGGAUGUCAGACCAGAUGAAAGGUCCCACACACUGGCCUGGAUUCCUGUGGGAUGUUUUGCUGUAGUCAUCAUACUGUUAUUUGCUGGAGAGAGUUACAGAUGUGUUGACAGGAGCAGGAAUAGGACCCAACGAACCUCAGUUAAUGUGGACAACGCAGAAGAAACCAAAGUGUGAAUGUGUGUACGUGGGUCUGGGGGUAUGUUUUGUGCCCGUGUGUGUGUUUUGUGGUGCGUGGGUGGGAGCGCGCGGGUGUGUGUGUGUGUGUGUGUGUGUUGUGCCCGUGUGUGUUUUGUGGUGCGU